CGACAGAUUCCGGAAAGGGGAAGAGCAGCCAACAUGGCGGCGGAACGCGGCGCGGGCCAGCAACAGUCGCAGGAGAUGAUGGAGGAACGUGGGCCUGUGAACUGGGCUGGUUUUCUUGGCCAAAUGGAUAGUGGAGCAUGGAUGAAGUUGACAGGCGAGUCGAAUCUGAAGAGUCUGGCGAUGAGGAAGGGAAGAAGCAGAGCAGCGGUAUAGUGGCGGACCUCAGUGAGCACAGCCUAAAGGAUGGAGAGGAGCAGGGGGCAGAGGACCCAGAAGGUACCAGGCCGAAAGGACAAGAGCUGCCUGUGGAUAUGGAAACCAUCAACUUGGACAGAGAUGCAGAGGAUGUUGAUCUGAAUCACUACCGCAUCGGGAAGAUUGAGGGGUUCGAGGUGCUGAAGAAAGUGAAGACUCUCUGCCUCCGUCAGAAUUUAAUUAAAUGCAUUGAAAAUCUGGAGGAGCUACAGAGUCUGCGAGAGCUGGAUCUUUAUGACAACCAGAUCAAGAAGAUUGAGAAUCUGGAGGCGCUAACACAGUUGGAGAUUCUAGAUAUUUCUUUCAAUCUGCUGAGAAACAUUGAAGGAGUUGAAAAGCUGACGCGACUGAAGAAGCUCUUCCUGGUUAACAAUAAAAUCAGUAAAAUUGAGAACAUAAGCAACUUACACCAGCUGCAGAUGCUGGAGCUGGGGUCCAACCGCAUCCGGGCAAUUGAAAAUAUUGACACGUUAACCAGUCUGGAGAGUUUGUUUUUGGGGAAAAACAAGAUCACUAAACUUCAGAACCUGGAUGCACUUACCAACUUGACAGUGCUCAGUAUGCAGAGCAACCGGCUGACCAAGAUGGAGGGUCUGCAGAGCCUGGUGAACCUUCGAGAGCUGUACCUGAGCCACAACGGCAUCGAGGUCAUCGAGGGCCUGGAGAACAAUAACAAACUCACAAUGUUGGACAUUGCAUCAAAUAGAAUCAAAAAGAUUGAGAACAUCAGCCAUCUAACAGAGCUGCAGGAAUUCUGGAUGAACGACAAUCUCCUUGAGAGCUGGAGCGACCUCGAUGAGCUGAAAGCGGCCAAGAGCCUGGAGACGGUGUACCUGGAGCGGAACCCCCUGCAGAAGGACCCCCAGUACCGGCGGAAGAUUAUGCUGGCCCUGCCCUCAGUGCGGCAGAUCGACGCCACCUUCGUCAGGUUCUGAGUCCUCCUGGCGCCUGCCGGGUCCCUCUCUUCACAAGAACUUCCCAGCCACGGUUUUUAUCCACCCGUUGCUCCUCAAGCCGGCACUCUCUCAGCAGUCACAAACCCAAUGGCAAUAAAAAGGCACUGAGUGAUAACUGCCGUGUGUGACGCCCGUGCCACUUCGGGACACUGUGGCCCGUACGCUGCCACCUGGUGUUGUCAUGCCCGUGGCGCUCCCGCCACGUCUGUUUCCUCCUCCAGAGAUGGGCGGGCUGGUGGGGGUGAGGGCGCUGCCUGGGGUGGGGGCACUCGGGGGCCGGCCUGGCAGCCCAGACCUGUUUGGUCUUAUAGACCAGGUGACGCCAGGGUUUUUCUAAUCAUACGUAUUUCAGAACAAAACCGUGGGCACAGGAUCGCGGGGUCCCGUGUGCUGCGACCCACUGGGCUCCCCGACAGCCAUGGCCAUGCGCCAGGCCCCCUGCCAGCCACUGCCCAGGCCGCCCGUCCCACCCGUCCGCGGCGCUCCGAGGCCCGGGGCUGCCCGUGAGCGCCAGAGGGGCCGCUGCCCGAGCACCUGGCCGCGCGGUGCCGCUGACAGCGCAAACCCAGCUGAGGCUCUGCUCAAGACCUGCUCCAAAGAGCUUAUGUCUUGACAGCCUCUAACGUCGCUUCCCAGUCUUACCCCGUCCUUGUGCCGGCUUGUUUCUUAGAAGAUUUACGUCGACAGUCACCCGGGGUCUGAAUUUAACGCUGCGGGGACCUUAGCCUCUCUUGGGGUCUCAGAUUUCCCUUCUGCAGAAAGAGGACUGAAUCGAGUGGUCACCGUGGGUCCCUUCUCCGAGAUUCUAGAGUGGCACCGUCCAGUACGGGGGCCGCCCACCACCACGUGUGGCUGCUUCAGUUCAAAUUUAAAUGUGUUUAAAUAAAAUGAAAUAAAAGCAUUCACCUC